GUCCCCGGGUACCUAUAAAAGAGUGCGCUUUGCACUUACAAAUUUGCUUCGCAUCAACUAAACUGUGGUGGGUGUAAAGUGUGCGAAUAUUGAUAAUUGAGCUAUUUUUCACUUGAAAGAAUUAUAAAAAUGGUCAAUAAAGACUUGUACAAUGAGGAUGAGCUUAAUCCGCCAGACUGGUUGAAUAAAGAAUUUUUCGAGAAAAUACUCAAGAGCGAGGAAAGUGAUAAUGUGAAGGUUACCGAUUUGGAGCUCAGGCCUGGCACACUGAAGAACGAUCACUAUGCAAGUGUUAUGUUUCGCGCCAAAGUUAGCUACAGCGUGGACUCGCAGCCAACUGUGGAAAAGAGAAAUUCGUUUAUUUUGAAAGUUCAGCCGUUUGCAGAUGGCACCAAAAAGGAUUUACUCAGUGAACUGCACACUUUCACAACUGAAAUUCGUAUGUACACGGAAGUGCUGCCUGUAAUUGAGCGUGAGCUACGGCAAUAUGGCGACGAAACCAUUUUGGGGCCAAAGCUUAUCGCCUUCAGCAACAACUGGCCCGCGUAUGUGGUUUUCGAAGAUUUGGCGCUGAAAGGCUACACCACAACCGGCUAUCGACACGCGAGUCUAACGGAAGUGAAAGCAGCGCUGCUCAAACUGGCAAAGCUGCACGCCAUUAGCUACAAGUUGAGCCAAGAGAAAAACAACAUUUUCGCCACCAUGAAUAAGGGCUCUAUGAACUCCAUGGACCCCAAUAACUUUGAUUUCAUCAAAAAUGCGAGUAAAUUACUCAAAGAGGUUUUAAGCGAACACGGCGAUCUGCGCAAAUACGUGCCCCACAUUGAAUCCGUCGAACACACGCUGCUGCCCAAGAUCAUCGAUAUGUUUAAUGAGAACCGUAAUGGCAAAUGCGAUGGCAUCUUUGUGCUAAACCAUGGCGAUUUUCAUAACAAGAAUAUGAUGAUCUGCAAUGUGGAUGGCGAAUUGAAGGAUCUCAUGCUGCUUGACUAUCAAAUUAGCGUUUUUGCUUCGCCAGCACUUGAUCUGCAUUAUGCAUUCACCAUGAUGUUCAGUCCGGAAAUGCGUCGCAAUCAUCAUGACGAACUGUUGUACUAUUACAUAACGAGUUUUCAGGAGACACUACGCAAAACUGAAUAUAAAGGCCGCAUACCAACAAACACCGAAUUUCGGCAGGAACUGCAAAAGCACAGAUAUUGGGGACUAUUCUUAAUAACAUCCUUCUUGGUAUUCAGCUAUGGAUUUGUUGAUGAAAAUGGCGAUCUAGCCCAGUUGGUGGAAAACGCAGAAGCACAAAAGAGACAAUUGCAAGAUCCUAGACUACUGAAUGAAUUGCGAGAGCUGCUGCCAAAAUUCUUAUACAAUGGCUAUUUUGAGUAUUAAAAUUUCGAUUUUUACCUUAGAAAUAAAACGUAGCUUUAAGUUGUUAAAUUGUUAUUGGCUUUUUUUUUUUGUUGAUGAGAUGGCCAUGGUAACAAAUUACAUAGGUAAAUACAU